AUGUGCGUUUUCAUAGUGCAUUAUCGUUAACAGUUACAGACUAGUCGUUCGUCCUUAAAUAGUAAAAAAAAGAUUUAAUCAUAUUUAUUACAUGAUUAAUUGAACUAUAUUUAGUUUUUGUAGUUAUGUUUUUCAUCAUAGGUAUAGGGUUAGGAGAUGUUAAAGAUAUUACUGUCAGAGGUUUGGAAAUUGUUCGAAGUGCCGAUCGAGUUUACCUAGAGUCAUACACAUCAAUUUUACCAGAGAACAAAGAGCAAUUAGAAAAAUUUUAUGAGAAGUCUUUAAUAGAAGCUGAUCGAGAAAUGGUUGAACAACGCGCUGAUGAGAUGUUGGACAAUGCCCAGGAAAAAGAUGUAGUUUUAUUAGUUGUAGGUGAUCCUUUUGGAGCUACUACUCAUUCUGAUAUAUUGUUGAGAGCACAAGAUUUAAAUAUUAAAACCAAAGUAAUUCACAAUGCUUCAAUUCUUAAUGCAAUAGGAUGUUGUGGACUUCAGCUAUACCAUUUUGGAGAAACUGUAUCAAUACCAUUUUGGACUGAUGUAUGGCAACCUUCCAGUUUUCUUAAUAAAAUAAAUCAAAAUAAAGCUAUAGGAUUACACACAUUAUGUUUAUUAGACAUUCAAGUAAAAGAACCUACGUGGGAAAGCAUUACCAAAAAAAAAAAGGAAUAUCAACCCCCUAGAUUUAUGGAAGUAAGAGAAGCUUGUGAACAACUUUUGCAAAUUAUUGAUAAAGACGAAUUUGAAGGAAAAAAUUAUAUUACUAAAGAUAGUAUUUGUGUUGGAGCUGCUCGUAUUGGAUGGCCAGAUCAGAAAAUUGUUGUAAGUACAUUAGCUGAUAUGGCAAAAAUUGAUUUAGGAUCCCCAUUGCAUUCUAUGGUUAUUGUUGGUGAAUUGCAUCCACUUGAAGAACAAUUUUUAAAACAGUUUGCUUAUGUAAAAUAAAUUAUAUAAAUAAAUUUGUAAAAAUAUAAAAAUAA